GUAAUGGCACAAACGGGCACGAAAUCGGCAAAGUGUGUGGUACCACUGGAGGUGCUGAUGAAGAAACUAAUGAAGACAAUGAAGAGGGUGGAAACAUUGUGGUUGUAAAGUUAACAACCUCUUGUGAAAGUAAAAUUAAAGAUGAUGCGUCAGAGGGGGCAGCAGCGAAAGAAGGCACAGAGGAAGCAGCAGCGGGUGAAUACGCAGAGGAGGCAGUAGCGGAUGAAAGUGCAGAUGAAGCGGCAGCGGACGAAAACUCAGAGGAGGCAGCAGACGAAAACGCAGAGGAGGCAGCGGGCGAAGGCAUAGAGGAGGCAGUGGAUGAAGGUACAGAGGAGGCAGCAGCAGAAAAA